AUGACUCCUGCAGUCAGGGAAGAGGGCAGCAAAACGAAAUGUUGGGGUGUUGACGAGCACGUUCUAGAUCAUACGUCAGCGAAGUUGCGAAGGACCCCCCUUGGCCCUACCAACCUGCCACUAUGCCGAGGCAAGCCAGCGCGUCGCGCGUCUGAAUCGGCGGCAACGGGUCUCCCCCCCUCUACGUCGCAAGAGUUGCGCCCGGCUGCCUUGCCAGGUGGAACCCGCGGCAUCGACGGUGAGAUCGUGUGCGUAGCUUGCGUGAUACAGGCCGAGGUGCUGCGCGUCGUCAGCGACCCCGUCCGCCCCAGCAGGCGCCGCAGGCGCCGCGCCGGCUCCCGCGCGCCCUCCGGCACCCCGAGCACCGGCAGCCGCAGCAGCGCCAGCGGGAGUUCCCGCAGCGCCCCGCGCGGCGCCAGCGCGCCGAAGCGCCGAAGGAGGGCCGCACACGCGCGGCGCGGGCAGCGGCACCCGAGGCGUUGCCGUAGCAGCACCACGGACGACAGCAGCUCCGCCGCCGCCUCACCAGCAGGGGGUUCGCGCGGCGGCGGCGUCGCCCGCCGGGGCGGCUCCGCGUUCUGCCAGGACUGCGAGAAGCACCUCGGCUGGGUCCCGCGCGGCGCCGACGGCGCGCUGCCGCUGCGGUGCCAGGAGUGCCGGGCGCGCGCCGGGGAGCUCCCAGAGGCGGCGGUUUCGCACGGCGGAGCGCCCGUUGCAGCGCAGCACCCGCCGGGCGGUGGUGCAGAGGAGUCGCUCGAGAUCGACGAGUGGGGUUUCCAGAUCGCGUUGGACGAGAUGGCGGAGGCGAGCUCUCCGGAGGAGGCCGCCCUCUUCCUGCGGCUGCUCGCGCGCUCCAGGGCGGGUGUGAGCGGGCGGGAUUGGUUACUUCUCGACGACAUCCUGGCGCAGGACACGCAGGUCUUGGCACUCCACGGCUUGCUGUCGGAGGUGUUCGUGCUCGCCUGCGGCACCGCCCAGGGGCGCAGUUUCAGCGUUCCGGCGUUUAACGCGCUGCUGCGGUCCUUGAAGGACGACUUGACGGAGGCCGUUCUUGUAGGGUGCAGGGCGUGUCUGCCAGAGUGGGCACGGGACGCGCUCGUGGAAGCUCAGCAGGUCUGCGCGGCGCAGUCGUUGAAUGGCCCUCCGGCGCGGGAGGCCGACCUGCGGACGCGCAUCGACGUCGCAGCCGCGGGGCGGUCGAAGUGCGAGGCCGUGACGCAGUUUGCUACCUUAUCGUGCCCAGCGGACCAGGCGGCCUUGGUUGAGCUCGGCGGUACGCACGAGCUGGGCCCGCUACAGUACAUUGAAGACGCCGUGAUGCCUUGCCCGUCCGCGGGCGGGAUCAUGGCAGUUCUGAACCAGUCAAGGCGGUCCGCACCCGUGCGGUACGCCCUCUGGGAGAAGGCGGCCUUCAAUUUCGGGCCAGGCAAGUCAGAGUGCAUGGCAAUCAGUGGGAGCCCGGCGCUCCACACAGAGGGCCAGGGGGUCCACGAGGUCCCGCUGCGCGUGGAGCCGGGUGUGUUGCAUGGCGCAGCUACGUUGGUAGGAGUCGAGGGCAUUGAGACUGACCUCAACCCGCUCCAGUACCACUGGGUGGAGGAGCUGAUGGGGGCUGCGGAGGCCGCCGCCGCAUCCGCCGACGAGCGCAAGGCGGUGCUGGGGCGGUAUCGAUGGAGGGUGGUGCGGCCGGCGUUGCGGUUAUACGACCGUGUUGCUUUCGACUCGGCCGCGGACAGGUGCAUCCCGUCGCUGGGCGUGACGUUCCGCGAGCUCCAGCCGGUCACGCAGCCGCAGUCGCGGGCAGAGUUGGCCAUAGAGGUCGCCCACCUUGUGUACCGCAUGUGGGCGGCGUGCCGCUUCACAGGCCGCUGGCCUCUGCAGGGCGCCCUCACGUUGUUCUGCGAGCUGGAAACGGUUGUCAGCGCGAUACCGCGCGGGUCGCAGGUGGAGCUGAUGAGGGCGUUGCUCCGGCCAGGCCAUGGGGCCGCGCACGUGCAAUGUGUGGGGCGUGCCCUGCUGAGCAGCAUGGGGCGCAAGGCGAAUGCGCCAGAGUUGCCAGCCACCACCGUGACCCUGUACAAGGUGUCACAGGGCCCCGACGAGUGUGGUCAGUUCACGAUAGAUGCGCGGCUGAAGGAGGCAGCGGAGAAGUGGCUCCAGAUGGCGGAGGGCCAUUGCGGCGCCCAUGGCUACGAGGAGCCGACGGGCAGCCGCAGCGCCGUUGUGCCAAUCAUCGGCGGGCACGUCAACGUGACGCUCUACAAGAAGGCGGACCCCCUGGCCGGCCUGAAGAAGGCGGGCAAGGGCGCCUUGAGCCAGGCCCUCGCCCGGGCGAUGGGCCUGCCCACCGAGAGGUUGCCCGUGUGCUGCAAGACCUGCGAGGGCACUGCACCCAGUGCCUACGGCACGGUGGCGGGUUACGAGAUCAACGACGAGAAGCGGCUGUGCAGCGAAGUCUGCAUGACGCCGCAGGCCGCCCUCGUGGCCAGGUUCUUCGCGCCGAGCCUCGUAGAAGCCGAGAGCGGCGCCGUGUGCGCGAGCCUCGGCUACGAGAUCUACAACGAGACCGUGGCCAAGGGCCCGGGCGUCCAGGCGGACGUGUACGCGUGGGGCGCGAAGCCGGCGGAGGCGGACGAGGGCUGGACCACAAUCUACCGCUCCGAAGGCGCCGAGUGCUUCCAGGCCACCGCCGCGCGCAGGUACGCCGACCUUGCAGUGGCGGCCGCGGGCUUCCAGGAGGGCCGCUGCGCGGACGGCGGCUUCACGGAGGAGCAGGACGCCCAGGUGCCCGGGCUGCUGACCGGCGAGGCGAGGCUCACGCUGUGGAAGAGGCCGGGGGAGUUGGCCCUCGGGGACAUGCUGCGCUUCACGAGGAGCAUGUUCGGGGAGGAAGGUGGGGGCUCCGCGACGCGGGAGCCCAGCCUGAUGGACUUCCUCGUGUGA